UCUGAGGGGGAGUACGUUCACCUCUUGGAGGUCAGUCCCACCUUGCAUCAAGCACCCAGAAUCCCACAACCUUGCACUGCCCAGAUUCAGACAAUGCCUGCUCGCAAGGGACAUAGCAAAAAUAGGAACCGGCGCCACCGAGCCUGGCUCCAUCAUAAGUCCGGCUGCGGGGAGAACUUUGCUUUGCGACAGGCUUGCAAAACUGAGGAGGCAGAGAAGUCUAGUCAAGAGAAGGGAAACCAGGAUGAGAAGGUAGCUCAGCUGAGAUCAAAUCCUAGCCCAGCUUUAGACCCAGUCUUAGAAAGUCCCGGAUCAGUUGGGAACUUGAACCCUAAACAACUGGAGGAAAACCUAGAUCCCCUCGAAACAAAACCUUCACCCAUUCUGAGCAGUAGUGAUGCUGUUGCUGAAGACACAGUCCUGGGGAAAGAAGAAUUUCUUGAGUCCGUUUACCAAGAUCCAACUCCUCCUAAGGAAGAGAGCAAGGAAAGCCUGUCUCCAGCUUUAGCAACUCCAAAACGUACCACCAAGGGAAACCGGAGGAAAAAGAAAGGUGCUGGGAAAGGAGCUGGUGGUCGAGUUAAACAAGGGUCAGAUUCUGCUAACCAAGAAACAGAAAGUUCUGAUCUUAAAACAGGUGCUGAACAGGAGGAGGCCUUUACUGGUCCAGGAGAACAGGAUUCUGGGACCGUUUAUGUUAGUACCAGAGAUCCAGACAGCAUCAAAGUAUCCUGUGUUGAUAUCACAGAAUGCGAUGAUGCCCCAGAGUGCGAUGACACCCAAGAGAAAGGUAGCAUUGCAGGAAACCAAAGCUUUGAAACUGGAGUUGAAGGAGCCAACAAUGCUGACUUGGCUGUCAGCACUGGAGACUGUAUUGCUAGUGCUACAGAGCCAGAAGACAGCAAAGGAAAAUGUACCAUUGGUGACAAUGAAGGCAGCUCUGGAGAAGGAAACACAGAAGACCCAAAACUUAAUACUGAAGAGCCAAAUGCUAAACCCAAGACUAGUGAACCAAGAAUUGAUACUGAGGAGGUGAGCGUCCAAGAAAAAGAAGUGGAGAUUUAUGAAGACCAGUGUAUGGUGGAACAGCGUCUCGACAGCAAAGAACCAGGGCUUACUGACUUGCCUAGUAAGAAUGAAUUAGCAAGUGUUGAUAGGAAAGAAGAGACCAUAGACAUAGCAGCUGAUCAGGGUCCUGGGGAAAUACAAAAUUCUCUUUUACCCACAGUGGCUCGUCUUGGGGAAUCUGUAAACUGGAAUCUUCUUCAAUCAGGAGUUUUUGCUCUGACAGGAGGAAUAGACAAGGCUGGCCAUUCCUUGCUAACCAUAGUGCCCCAGCCUCUUCAGGAUGAGUUGCCUCCAGGACAAGAGGAUCUGGUUAAUACCUUAAGAUACAUGCACUCACUUCUCAGGCAAGAACUAAAGAUUCUUGGGCUGACAGUGCUGUUGGACUUAAGCCAUGUGGAUGACUGGGCCUUCCAGGCCCCCGUAUUGCUGCCAGCUUUAAGAGCAUUCCAGGAGACUACACCAACUCCCAUCAGUCAGCUGCUGGUGAUAUUACCAUCUGAUGAUCGUUUUGUACCGCAUGAAGAAGAAUUGACCCUAGAACCUGCUGUGGAAAUCCGGCUUCUUUUGCUGCAUGAACUUCCACAUUAUGUGGCCUUGGAUCAGUUGACACCAGCGCUAGGUGGGACUCUGGGCUACUCACCACCCAAAUGGGUUAGAGAACAUCAGGCUCUUGAAGAACUACAAGAUCUCUGUUGUGGUGUUCUCCAGACUGUGUGUGAAGCCAGUGACCACCUCAACGCAGUGGGAACAGCGUCAAGUCAGGAGGAACUGUCAACUCAAAUCGCCUUGCACCAGGACACUAUGCAGAAAUUGCUUUCAGAGCCUCGUUUACUGGAGCUCCAGCGCCGGGGAGGCUCCUUGCUGGCACGGCUACCUCCAUCGGGACCUUGCAGUAAUCAAGCUGUGGAUGCCACAAGGCUCUAUCAAGAGGUAGAUGAAGCCCUUCAUGGACUUGUCCAACUCAGCAACCGGUGUCUUGAGUUAUUGCAGCAGGAGAAAAAAAACCUACAGGUUCAGCAGGAAGGCAAAACAUGCCUUCUGUCUAGUGACAGCAGUGUAGAAAAGAAGAGAGGGGGUCAGAGACCAGCUGAGGGACUAGCUGAAGGAACAUCCUUGGAGAAAAAACUGUUACAAUACCCUAGAUCUUCAGGGAAGUCACAGGUCACGCCCAAAGACAGUUCUGUUCCCCGAGCCCGUGCAUGCAGCAUCAGUGCUUCUUCUUCACCUAAGCAUGGCUUGUUGCUUGGGGCCAAGUUUGGUUCCUCUUGCAGUUUAACUUCUCUCUUCCAGCCACUUACUAGCCCCAAGGGCUCCCCACGUUGUUCUCCUGGCCGAAGCAAUGCCCUAGACAGCAGGAAGAAAAGCCAGGGUCCUCUCAGCACUUCUAAAACACCUGCAUCUCCAGCUAAUAACCUGGCAUUACGAGCCUUGAGUGAUCCAGGUCGCCCUAGCGUGCAUAUACGUGGUCUGGAAGUAAGCAGCCGGGAACUGGCAGACAGGAGCUGUUCUCCCCGUGAACAUGUGUUGUUGGGACGCAGCAGAACUCAUGUUGCUGAAGCACCAUGGGGGGCCACACCUCGCAUGGAAAGAAGGCGUUGCCUUGGGGUCCAACAACAGCUUUUGGUUGAGCUUCUGGAGUGCGAGCGGGAAUAUGUGGGUGCCCUUACCCAGCCCUUCUCUCUGUCUCAGGAGCUUGGGGGACAUGCUUGGACAGCUGAGUUAAGAUGCCUGGGCAGUGCUCUCCGGGCCACACGGGACCGGCUGCUGGCCUUCCAUUCCAGCUGCCUCCUGAGCGAGUUGGAGGGAUGCAUGAGCCACCCGUCACGCGCUGGCAGCUGCUUCCUGCGCCAUAGAGAAGAGCUGCAACUGUAUGCAAUCUAUGCCAAAGAUCACCACAAGUUCCAGGCUGCCCUGGCUUUGCUUCGGAGCACUGGCAAGAAAGGUCUGAUGGAGCCACGUGAGGAUGGACAGAUAGCACACACUUUGCAGGUGCCUCUGGAGCAACUGGAGCGGUACCGGCGCUUCCUAGGUGAACUUCUACAUGAAUGUGAGCUCGAGCAGGGGCCUGACCGCCAAACCCUACAGGAGGCCCAGCAACUGCUGGAGUCACAGGAGCAGCGAGGCAGAGACCUGCUGGCCAUAGAGCAGAUCCGAGGCUGCGAGAUGAGACUGUCAGAACAAGGGACAUUGCUUCAGCGUGGUGAACUCAUUCUGUUGUCUGGACGCCGUAAAUGCCAGCGGCAUGUUUUCCUAUUUGAACAGUUGCUACUCUUUACCAAAUGCAAAGGAGCUGAGGGUGGCUAUGUCUGCAAACAGGCCUUGCAGACUGCUUCCAUGGGAUUGACAGAGAGUGUUGGUUCUAGUGGGUUACGUUUUGAGCUUUGGUUCGGAAGGGGAUCAUCCCGACAGGCCUAUACAUUGCAAGCGGCCUCUGCUGAAGUCAAGCAUCAGUGGACAAAUAUUAUAGCCCAACUCCUCUGGAGACAAGCUGCCCAGCCAAGUGUCUCAAUGAGCUUGUCCUCCUGCCCUUCUCAGCGCUUAGCUCCUCUGGGCCUUGGCCCUGGUCCCCCUCCUGGUUUAUCACUCCCUGGCCACUUUGAGGAAGAGGAAUGGGACUUAGAUGUCAAGCCCAUCCCGAGAGCUCACACCUCUGGGUCAGAGGGAACCUCCCCAAGCCACCAUGAACCACUUAGGCAGGGGAGAAGUUCACUGCCUGGCAGCAGCUCUGCUUUAGGACAACAUCAGUCGAGCUUUGGCAUUGCUGACGAACCAGUGACCCCACUCUGAGGUUGGGGCGGCCAGCGUUGGGUGUGGAGCCUGCAUCGGAAACUCUUCUCGCCAGGAAGUCAUGGACGGCAAGAUUCAGUUCCUAGGGAUUCUGGG